AGCUCAGUGGUAGAGCGCUAAGCGCAAGGCCCUGGGUUCGGUCUUCAGCUCCGAGAAAAAAAAAAAAAAAAACUGUCACAGGCUAAUGCUUCUGUGCAAAGAAGGCAAAUCAGAAAACCAUCAUUCCUAUUCUCCUAGGUUAGAAGUGUGGCCUGGUGGUACAAGGUUUGCUUUGCGUGCGAUGAGGGCUCAAGACCGGGCACCAGCCCAAAGAAACACAGAUUUCAUCUCCAUAGGCAUAUGCCUGAGCUCAAUUUCUUAUUUCUUCUUCAAGCCCUAACAAGCAGCUGGAUGCCAUAUUUAAGGAGUGAGAAUUCUACCCCUGGAGGAAGUGGGUCGUGCCACCCUGGCCAGGUCAGUUGGCUCCUAGCCCCACCCCUGUCCCGCCUGCCAGCCCAGCCAUAAAAACUGAGCCCAUCCCUUGCUGCAGAAGAAGCUGGUGUCAGCAGCAUGAAGUUGAAUUUCAGUGGCCUGAGGGCCCUGGUGACAGGGGCAGGGAAAGGGAUUGGGCGUGACACUGCGAAGGCCCUGCAUGCCUCAGGAGCCAAAGUGGUGGCCGUGACGCGAACCAAUGCAGACCUGGUCAGCCUUGCCAAGGAAUGUCCUGGGAUAGAGCCCGUGUGUGUGGACCUGGGUGACUGGGAGGCCACAGAGAAGGCGCUGGGCGGUAUCGGCCCUGUGGACUUGCUAGUGAACAAUGCAGCCCUGGUUAUAAUGCAGCCCUUCCUGGAAAUUACCAAGGAAGCCUUUGACAGGUCCUUCAGUGUAAACCUUCGCUCUGUGUUUCAGGUAUCCCAGAUGGUAGCCAGGGACAUGAUUAACCGUGGAGUGGCAGGGUCCAUUGUCAACGUCUCCAGAAUAGUUGCUCACGUUACCUUUCCUAACUUGACCACCUACAGCUCUACCAAGGGAGCAAUGACUAUGCUGACCAAAGCCAUGGCCAUGGAACUGGGGCCGCACAAGAUCCGGGUGAACUCUGUAAAUCCCACUGUGGUGCUGACUGACAUGGGCAAGAAAGUCUCUGCAGACCCUGACUUGGCCAGGAAGUUCAAGGAGCGCCACCCACUGAGGAAGUUCGCAGAGGUUGAGGACGUAGUCAACAGCAUUCUCUUUCUGCUCAGCGACAGCAGUGCCUCUACCAGUGGCUCUGGCAUCCUGGUGGACUCUGGCUACCUGGCCUCCUAGUCUGCCUAGAUACCGCGGACCUCUGAGUGGCCUUCCUGGCCCCACUCUCAGCCAAAGCUUCAACUGAUCUCCAGACCCCGCCCUCAUGCCACAGCCACGCCCCCCACGCAUCUCGCCAGGUUCGCACUCAUGUUAUUGUCUGAUCCCACAACCACUCCAGGCUCCUGACCUUGGAGUUGUGUUCUCUUUGCCCGCUUUGUUGGGCUCGUUUGCCUAAAUAAAUGGGCCACCAUGUCACCGUAA